GCACCUCUUCCAUUUCCACACCUCCACACACCGCCAUGGCCGAGGCCGGACCCUCGUCGGCGCAGGCCGCUGUCUUUGUGCGCUCGGCGCCCGUGCCUGCGUCGUAUGCACAGGUGCGCGGGCCCAACUUCGACGACGAGCAGACGCUCGACAGCCUGAUGGACGCCUACGCGCGCGUCGGCUUCCAGGCCAGCGGCGUGGCGCGCGCCAUCGACGUCGUCGAGCAGAUGCGCACCUGGCGCCUCUCCGACGACGCCAUCGACGACAGCACGCCCGACGAGCUGCUCGACCCUGCCGUGCGCGCUGCGACCAAGGCGACCAUCUUCCUCGGCUUCACGUCGAACCUCAUCUCGUCGGGCCUGCGCGAGGUCAUCCUCUUCCUCGUCAAGCACAAGAUGGUCUCGGCCCUCGUCACCACCGCCGGCGGCGUCGAGGAGGACCUGAUCAAGUGUCUCGGCCCCACGUAUCUCGGCGCUUUUGCGCUCGACGGGCGCGAGCUGCGCAAGAAGGGCCUCAACCGCAUCGGCAACCUGCUCGUGCCCAACGACAACUACUGCAAGUUCGAGGACUGGGUCAUGCCCAUCCUCGAGAAGAUGCGCGCAGAGCAGGGCGACAGUGUGACUCAGGUGUGGACGCCCAGCAAGGUCAUUGAGCGGCUGGGCCGCGAGAUCGACGACGAGCGCAGCGUGCUAUACUGGGCGCAGCGGAACGGCAUCCCCAUCUUCUGCCCCGCGCUCACCGACGGCUCGCUGGGCGACAUGCUCUACUUCCACUCGUACAAGUCGCCCGGCCUUGUCGUCGACCUUGUCGGCGACAUCCGGCGGCUCAACGACAUGAGCGUCCGGGCGCGCAAGGCGGGCAUGAUCAUCCUCGGCGGCGGCGUGUGCAAGCAUCAGAUUGCCAACGCGAUGCUCUUCAGGAAUGGCGCGGACUACGCAGUGUACAUCAAUACGGGCCAGGAGUUUGACGGCUCAGACAGCGGCGCGCGGCCCGACGAGGCCAUCAGCUGGGGCAAGAUCAAGGGCACGGGCGAGAGUGUCAAGGUGUACUGCGACGCGACCAUCAUCUUCCCCCUCAUCGUGGCGCAGACAUUCGGCAAAGCGCACUGGGCUGCACAAAAACAGCAGGGCGCAAAUGGGGCUGCGUCUGCUGACGACGAGCGGAGAUCAGGCGACGCAUAGAGGCAAAUGCACACAUCUGGAACGCCCU